AUGGCCAUGCUGCUCGCCCUCAGCGCCUCCCCCGAGGAGCUCGAGGUGGCCAUGAUUUCAGUCACAUACGGCAACGUGCCCCUGCAAAGCUGCCUGCGCAACGUCGUCGCCAUGUUCCACGUCCUGGAGAAGGAGCUCGCGUGGCGGAAGGAGACUGGCCGCCCCGAGGGCUACGGCGCCAUGAAGGCCUCCAAGCCCGUCGUCGCCGUCGGCCCGGAGCAUCCCCUCGAGGACGAGUGCCUCAUGGCUGAUUACUUCCACGGCGAGGACGGCCUGCACGAUGUACACAAGGUUCAUCCCCAUCUCAGCCCCGCCGAUACCUGGGGUUCCCUCUUCAAGGACGAUGAGGCGUCCAGUGAUAACAUCACCGCCUCGCCCCUCUUCACACCCUCCAAGAAGCCUGCCCACAAGGAGAUCCUCCGCAUCCUCCGCGAGAACCCCAUCGACACCGUCUCCGUCCUCGCCGUCGGACCCCUGACCAACGUGGCCCUCGCCGCCGCCGAGGACCCCGAGGCCUUCCUCCGCAUCAAGGAGCUCGUCGUCAUGGGCGGCGCCGUCAAUGUCGAGGGCAACGUCACGCCCUGUGCCGAGUUCAACUGCUACGCCGAUGCCGUCGCCGCUGCCCGCGUCUAUGCCCUCACGUCCUUCAACCCGGCGUCGACGAUGCCUCCCCUGCCCGCCAAGCUGUCGACCCUGCCGCCGUACCCGCCCAAGCUGUCUCGCCGGCUGAAGCUCACCAUCGCUCCUCUGGACAUCACCACCCCGCACCUCAUCACCAAGAGCUUCUUUGCCGACAAGAUCCAGCCCCACAUUGACGCUGGGAGCCCCCUGGCCGUGUGGACGUCGCACUUCAUCAAGGGGGCGUUCAGCAAGAUCGAGUCGAUGGAGGGCGACGGCAACGAGCCGGGCCUGUCCCUGCACGACCCGCUCACUGUAUGGUACAUGCUGACCCACGACGAUCCUCAGUGGAAGUUCCCGGCAAAGCUCGAGGAUAUCCGUAUCGAGACGUCAGGCCAGUGGACGCGCGGUAUGCACGUCGUCGACAACCGCCUGAGGGCCAAGCCCGCAGAGGCGGCGGCGGCUGUUUCGGAGGAUCCCCGGGAGGACCCCAAGGUCGUCACUAUCGACGAUGUCCCCGGCGACACCAUGGGGUGGAUGAGCGUCCUCAAGGGCAACAACGUCGGCCGCCUCAUCGCCUCACCAGGCGAGGACCUCUUCAAGGAAGUGUGGAUGCAGCGUGUCUUUGCGUAA